AUGUUUCACUUCUCCCUCUGUGACAAAGCAAAACAUUGGUUGAGAACGGUAGAAGAGGGAUCAUUGACCACAUGGGAUGAAGUCACUAGAGCUUUCCUUGGAAAGUAUUGUCCACACGAAAAGACCGCCGAACUAAGAAGGAAAAUCACCAAUUUCAACCAAGAGAUUGAUGAAACCUUAAGUGAAGCUUGGGAGCGUUUCAAGGACUACACUAGAAAAUGCCGACACCAUGGUUUUACUUCAUGGAUCAUUGUUCAAAGCUUUUAUGAUGGUCUUACUCCUACUUCAAGGGCCAACCUUGAUAACGGAGCCGGUGGUAGCCUUGAAAAGCUAUCGGUGAAUGAUGCAUACAAGAUGAUUGAAGAAGUGACACAGCACUAUGCAUACGGAGGUGAUAGACGGCAACCUCAAGCAAAGAAGGGAAGAAUCCACGACCUUAGUGCAAUAGACCUUAUUGCAUCAAAGUUUGACAUGCAAGCUUAUAAGCUAGAUCAAGCCACCCUUACAUCUCUAAGCUCUUCUUCACAACAAGUCAUGUCUUGUGAAACUUGUGGAGGAAAUGAUCACCUGUCCUUCUUGGGCAAAGAAACGAUCAAUACUCUUAACCUUACAAUCAGAAGAAGCAAUGCAGAUAUGCAAGCGAACAUCCAACAACUUCAAGCACACAACAAGAUAAUUGAGAAUCAAUUGGCUCAAAUUGCGCAAAAAGUUGGAAGUUUAUCCUCCAAUCCUAGUGGUCACUUCCUAAGCUCAACGGUUGUGAACCCAAAGGAGCAAGCUAAGGCCAUUACUUUGAGAUCGGGGAGAGGUUAUGAAAGACCGAUUAUGAGUGAAGACGAGCCACAAAAGAGAGAUGAGGGAGUUGUGGUGAGAAAUGAGGGUGAGUUUGAAAAUGAGAUAGUUGAUGUUGAGAGAAAGAAGCCACAAAAGAAGAAUGAGGGAAAUGAGGAAAAGGUAGAAAAGCCCCCAUGA